AUGCAGCCAUCCAAGGCCAACCUCGCGGAUUUCCUGGCCUUCGUGCCUGGGGUCGAUGCGGGGACUGCCUUCUUGUUCCUCGAGGCUGCGAACUCCGUGAAUGACGCUGUCAAUGAAUACUAUGAUAAUCCGCACAAAUAUGCUCGGCGCCCGCCGUCCUCGAUGUCCUCGAUACGAAGCCCGAUCACCCCAGUGAGCCCGACCCGGACCGCGAUCAGCCGCAACUGGAGCAGUCCCACGGCAGAGCCGACCAGACUGGCCAGUUCACCACCGUUGUACCCGUCGCCACCCUCGUCGACGGUAAGCGGGAGUGCGACCGAUUCACAGCGCAAGAUACACACGAACGGGGUAAUUGAGGCUGCGAAGGUUCGAGCGCGAGAUGAGCAGGAGAUUCAGAACAUGCUGCAGUCUGUUCAGGCGUCCCUCCAUAUUUUCAAUCCCGAGAUCGAGCCAGAGCGGGAGUGUCCGUAUCCAUGCAACUGCCUCAUCCACAGGUAUAUUCAGCGGAAGCUGGCUCGUUUGAAUGUUCAAGAACUAUGGGCCAAAGCAGUGAUGUACCCGGGUGAAAAGUACUACCAUGACUGCACACAGGUACGCCUGUUCAACAACAAUCCGUACCAGAUUGUGGUCUCUCCGUACGGCUUCGGUGGCUCUUCUUAUUAUGGAAUACAACGACCCGACCCACAAUACCACGCUAAAUUUGUCCGCCAAACAAUCAAGUUGAAUGACUCGCUCAAUGUCAAAGCACAGAGUGCUGUUGACGCCGUGGAGCCAUCCUUUAAUAUCUGGGAAAUCGAACAACUUCAAUCUUCAAUGUCGAACAUCGGUAUCGGACCAUCAAUAAAUCACGACCACAAUGGUGAGAAGUCAAAGCGUGCAACCUUGAAGAAAGCUCUCUCCAUCCGAUCUUCACAGGAAAAGGUAGCCUCCAAGACGUCGAAGAUCUUCGCCGAGGCCCGCGAACUUCGAGAUUCUAUUCUCAAAGAGGAGAAUGGCAGGUGGCCAGAACCAGAAGACCGACAGAUUAUCACCGCAUACCAGGAACAAGUCGGAUUGGCGGAGAAAAUCGCCGAACUCCGCAUUCAAUGUCCUAUACAAUAUCUUCACUUACUCAAGGCGGGGUAUUUCGAGCCUAUUCCAAUAGCAUGGGCGAGGCAAGCCUCCAAUCCACUGAAGUUUGCCAUCGACGCAGCUGCGGGAUGGCGGGGCCUUACACCGGCUUGGAGAGGAUACGAGGAUACUGCAGAGGAACGCCUAUACUGGGUAUUGAAUCAUCGGCUGGGAACUUCUGCAACAAGGUUGAAGCCUGAUUCAAUAUCUGCACUGAAUCUAGCCCGCGAAAGAAUGGCCCAGGCAGUGGAGCCCCCACCGAUAUACUAUGCGUCUGACGAUACCUGUCAUCUUCAACACACUUCCAAGGGAUACUCAAGACAAGUCAUGCCCCCUCCAUUCCGGGCUUUCGAUGCGCCCCAACAGCGGACAGAUGACACAAUGAUCCUGCUGGACGUGUCGGGCUCUAUGGAUUUCCAACCACGACGGCCAGAGUACAAUCAAUUUCUAAUUACAGGCUACACAAUGUCUACUCAGCCAAAGAAUAAAGAUUUGGCUCGAGCAGUCAUCCACCGCUUCACCGACGCAAUGUCCAACCACGAUCACAACUGGUCCGGCUACGAACUCACCACAUUCUCCAGCCAAGCCGAAUACAUCGGCGUAAUCAACCACUGGAACUUUGACGAAUUGUGGCGAACCGUCCAAUUCGGCGGCCGAACAAGAGUAAUGACAGGCUGGCAAAGCGUCAAAGAACAACAUUUCCAAAAGCACGCCAGCACAGCAAUCCACCACCCCAUCUACGGCUGGCAAGCCGGACCCCAAACACCCAUCCUCCGCCUCCUCCUACUCCUAGACGGCGAAGCCUCCGACAUGGACGAAUUCGAGCUCGACCUCCUCAGCCUGCCCUGGGUGCACGUCACCAUCUUCUUAAUCGGCGUUGACGGAUGUCCACACCACCACCGACACGCCAACGAACUCCAACGCAUCAGCGAAGUCAACCCACACGUCGCAUUCGUCGAUGCACAGGGCAACACACCCGAACGGUUCGUCACCCACGAACUACUUAAGCGCCAUCUCGGCUAUGAGCUCUCGAUGGCAGAGUUCGAGGAACUGGAACGUGCGCCUGGGGAACCCCGGCGCGUGGAACUUCCGGCUCGUGAGCCGCCCACUCCGAAUCUGCCGGAGCUGGAGCAACCGCGGAGGCGGUUGCCGGUAGAAUUACCGGCUAAUGAGGAUGUGUUGCCGUCGAGGUUAUCUAUGGAGCAGCCGCCUCCUUAUUUUGCGACUGCGUGA